AUUCUCCUCACUCUCACCUCUUCCCUUAAACAUGACAACAACAACAACCACUUCACUCUCUUUCCUUUUCUUCCUCUUCUCUCUCAUCACCCCAUUUUCCCUCAUUUCCUCUUCACCCCUUCCCAACCCUCAUUUGGUUUCUCAACAAGUCACCAGGAAAAUCAAUGAGUCUAUAGCUAGGAGAAAUUUGGGGUACCUAUCAUGUGGGAGUGGAAACCCAAUUGAUGAUUGUUGGAGAUGUGACCCAAACUGGGAAAAAAACAGACAAAGACUAGCAGAUUGUGCAAUUGGUUUCGGUAAAAACGCAAUUGGUGGUAAAAACGGUAAAAUUUACGUGGUAACAGAUUCAAAAGAUGAUGAUCCAGUGAACCCAAAACCAGGUACACUCCGUUACGCCGUGAUUCAAGAUGAACCGUUAUGGAUAAUAUUCGAAAGAGACAUGGUGAUUCAACUAAAAGAAGAGUUAAUAAUGAAUUCAUUCAAAACCAUUGAUGGAAGAGGUGCUAGUGUUCACAUUGCUAAUGGUCCUUGCAUUACUAUUCAAUAUGUCACUAAUGUUAUUAUUCAUGGUAUAAAUAUACAUGAUUGUAAACAAGGUGGGAAUGCUAUGGUGAGGGACUCCCCACGGCAUUAUGGGUGGAGAACUGUAUCGGACGGUGAUGGUGUUUCCAUCUUUGGUGGAAGUCAUGUUUGGGUGGAUCAUUGUUCAUUGUCUAAUUGUAAUGAUGGUUUGAUUGAUGCUAUACAUGGGUCCACUGCAAUUACUAUAUCCAACAAUUACAUGACACACCAUGAUAAAGUUAUGCUUUUGGGUCAUAGUGACACGUAUACUCAAGACAAGAACAUGCAAGUCACCAUUGCUUUUAACCACUUUGGUGAAGGCCUUGUUCAAAGGAUGCCAAGGUGUAGGCAUGGAUAUUUUCAUGUGGUGAACAAUGACUAUACUCACUGGGAAAUGUAUGCUAUUGGAGGUAGUGCCAACCCAACCAUCAAUAGCCAAGGUAACAGAUUUGUUGCUCCCAAUGACAGAUUCAGCAAAGAGGUGACAAAGCACGAGGAUGCAGCAGAAAAUGAAUGGAAAGGAUGGAAUUGGAGAACAGAAGGGGACUUAAUGGUAAAUGGUGCAUUUUUUACAUCAUCAGGAGCAGGAGGAUCAUCAUCAAGUUAUGCAAGAGCAUCAAGUUUAAGUGCAAGACCAUCUUCUUUAGUUGGUACGAUAACGACUACUGCUGGUGCACUUAACUGUAGGAAGGGUUCACGUUGCUGAUUAUGACCCCUCGAGCCCAACUGUCUCUGUAGGCCGGUCAAUUAAUUAAUUCCAAAGAUUAAGAAAUGACACCUAUACUAUACUCUAUACUUUACAAUAUAAUAUAUUGUCAUUUCUUUUCCUAGGAUAAUAUAUUUUCAUUUCCAUUUUACUAUUUUCUUUUUCUUUCUCCAUUCUUUUUUUUUAAUUGUUUUCCACUAUUGGUCUUAUGCUUUUUUUUUUUUUUUUUAACUUUUGGUAUUUGUAUGAUCAUUAGUACAACCUCUGCCUCUUGGAACCAAAUAUGAAAAUCUUGUUGUCCAAGAGAAAGCAAGUGCAGAAGAGUUGAUAUUCAAAAUAUUGUAUAAUUAUUAUUACAUGUUUCUAAA